UUCACCUGCUGCAAGUGUGGGUGGGGUCCCGUGAAGGACAUCUGAAAAGUCCCUGCAGCCAGAGGAUCCAGGAAACCUCAAGACUCGCUCAGUGGCUGGAGGCUGUCGGGUGCUCAUCUGCCUAGAGAGGGCUUUUCUGGAUUUAUCACCAGCCACGUGCUGCAGUCUCCUCCCCUCCCCCAUGCCACCUUUUCCAGAAAUAACCACAACCUUGCUGCCUCUUGAGGCUGUUUACUGACGACCCACUGGAUGUCAAGCAGUGUGCAUGGUUAUUUUCCAUGCUUGGAACAGCCCGACAAGGUCAGCUGCAUGGCUGUUCUGCAGAAUUCAGAGGAUGAUUCCUAUCUGCUUCCUCCAAACACCGAGGCCUGGGAAGAGCGAGGCAUCCCUGACUUCGUCUAUGGGCAGAAGGAGCUUAUGGUGGAGGGGAUUCAGUGGCCACAGACUGUCCCCAGCACCCCGGACACAGUGUCACUGUCCCGUUUUGACCGUGCUCUCCGCUCUGCAUGGAAGCAGCGGGUAGAACUGGGCCUGUUUCGCUACCGCCUGGGGGAGCUGCAGACCCGAACUCUCCCUGGUGCUGUGGGUUUCGUGGCUCAGCUGAAUGUGGAGCGGGGGGUACAGAGGAGGCGCCCCCAGACCAUCGGGAGCGUAAGGCAGGCAUUUGACCCUCAGCAGUUUAAUUUCACUAAGAUCCGGCCAGGAGAAGUGCUCUUCCGUCUGCGCCGGGAGCCCGAUGGCCCUGCCAUCGUCCAGCAGGAGGACAUCCUGGUGGUGAUCAAUGUCAGCCCCCUGGAGUGGGGCCAUGUCUUGCUGGUGCCCGAGCCUGCUCGGGGACUGUCCCAGCGCCUGGUGCCAGGGGCAUUGCGGGCUGGGGUGGAGGCUGUGUUACUGAGUUUGCACCCAGGCUUCCGGGUGGGCUUCAAUAGUCUGGGGGGCUUGGCCUCUGUGAACCACCUCCACCUGCAUGGCUACUACCUGGAUCACCGGCUGCCCGUGGAGGGGGCUCCAAGUGUGCCCCUGGACCCCAAGGGCCAUUUGCAUCUGCUCCAGACCCUUCCAGUGCCUGGCUUUCUCUUUUACACCAGCAAGCCAGGGUCCGACUUGGAAGCCUUGAUUAGCAGGGUGUGUAGGGCCACUGACUAUCUCAGUGACCAUGAGAUUGCUCAUAACUUGUUUGUGACCCGAGGAGCUCCACCUGGAAAGGCAUCGCCUCCCUUGGCCCUCACAGGGGUCCGAGUCAUUUUGUGGACCCGGAAAUCCAGCUUUGGAAUCAAGGAAGGUGAGGCUUUCAAUGUUGCUCUCUGUGAGCUGGCUGGGCACCUCCCUGUCAAAACAUCCCAGGAUUUCUGCAGCCUGACAGAGGCGGCGGCUGUGGUUCUCAUUCAGAGCUGUCUGCUGCCCCAGGCUCAGGCCAGUGAGGUGCAGGCUGCACUGGUAGCUCUGAUGGCCCAGGAAGAGCCAUGAUCCUUCUGAAGCUUCUAAUUUGCUGGCUGACUUGAGUUCCUUUCCUGGAGGCUGGUGACCCUGGUCACUGGGGCAUCUGUUUUCAUGCCAGCCUUCCUACCUCUCUAAGCUUAAGAAGAAGGAUGAAUUAAAAACUGAGGUCAGGCACAGUGUCUCACACUUACAAUCCUAGCUACUUGGGCAGUAGAGAUCUGGAGGAUCACAGUUUGAGGCCAGCCUGGGCAAAAAGUUCAUGAGACCCCAAUCUCAACCGAUGACUGGGUACUUGCCUGUCAUCCCAGUUACACCAGGAAGCAUCAGGAUUGCAGUUCAGGGCAGUCUGGGUACAAAGCGUGACUCUGUCUCAAAUAUAGGCAACACAAAAAAAGCUGUCAAGUGGCUUAAGUGGUAGAACACCUGCCUAGCAUGCAUGAGGCCCUGAGUUCAAU